UGAUGAUUAUGUCACUUGCCCAACACUGACUCUGCUGCUUGUAACAUUUAAAGGAUAUUACGCGGUCAAUGACAAGAUUCUCAAGAUGGCAAACAUGAGAAACUUAAUACUGACAGCGCUUCUGUCGGCCAUUGCUGUGGUGUCAGGAUACGUGGAGGAGCUCGAUGACAAGUUCACAGAAUUCCGGCAGAAUGAACUCUGGCUUGUGGAGUUUUAUGCUCCAUGGUGUGCGUACUGCCACACAUUUGAGCCAAUAUGGUCUGAAGUUGGCGCAGAGCUGAAAAGUCUGGGCUCUCCUGUGAAUGUUGGCAAGAUUGAUACCACAGCGCACACAAGUAUUGCAACAGAGUUUAAUAUUCGUGGAUAUCCAACCAUAAAACUGUUUAAAGGAGAUCUUUCUUUUGACUACAAAGGGCCAAGAACAAAGGAUGCUAUUAUUGAAUUCACCAAUAGAGUUUCUGGACCUGUGGUAAGACCACUCUCCAGUGUUCAGUUGUUCCAGCAUGUUAUGAGUCGUCAUGAUCUGAUCUUCGUUUACAUUGGAGGGGACUCGCUCCUUAAGAAAGAAUACUAUAAAGCUGCCACUGAGUAUAUUGUCCACACAUAUUUUUUCACUGCCUCUGAGGAAAUCCUUCCAAAGGCAGUCACCCUGCAGGAUGUUCCCGUCGUUGCAGUGUUCAAAGACGGCACGUACUACAUCUACAACGAAUUUAUUGACGGUGACCUGUCUUCCUGGAUAAAUCGAGAACGCUUUCUUUCAUACUUCCAAAUUGAUAGCUACAGUCUGUACCAGAUGGGAGAACUAAGUAAACUGGUGGCAUUGGCAGUAGUAGAUGAGAAAAAUCCAUCUGAAGAAAGCAUUCGGUACAAAACUCUGAUGGAAAGGGUGUCUACAGAAUACAGAGACCAUUAUAAAAGUGAUUUCCAGUUUGGUUAUGUGGAUGGUAACGAAUAUGUCAACGGUUUAAUUAUGGGAGAAGUUGCGAUGCCUUCCAUCAUUGUGCUGAACAUGUCCAUUGAUGGAUACUAUCUACCCGAAAGCAACAUUGAGACCAUUGAGGAUUUGCUUCAGUUCCUCAACAGUGUUCUGGAUGGCAGCACAACGCUCCUUGGAGGAAAUGGAUUUUGGCAGUGCACUAAGAGAUUUUUCUAUAAGGGGAAGAAUACUGUGAUGUCGAUGGUCGAGACAGCACCGGUCUUCUCCUGUUUUUUGCUUGGACUGCCAGUGGGUGUAGUUGUAUUAGUUAUCUAUGCUACAUGUACUGCUGUACCUGCGCACGAUGAGAAACCUGAGGAAGAAGCUACAGCUAGCCCUGCUUUGGAGACAAAGAAGGCAAUAGAAUCGCAGCCCGACAGCACAGAAAAGACCUCAGAAGCAAAGAAAGAGGAUUAAC